CGGGCCCACAAGCGCCUUGAUUGGGACAAGCUGGCUUUCAGCGAGAGAGGAGUCUUGGUCGGCCUACAAAGUUCCACUGCUUUUCCAGCCUCUGAUAGAUCGACUGCUACUAGCCAGACGAGUUUUUCUUGUUCUCAAAAACAUGAGCGAACAACUCUCAACCAUUUGGGAUUUCUGCUCGGCUUUCCACAGGAUGAUCCGCGAACAUCGCCGCCCUUUCCCCCCGCGUUUCUUCUUACUUGGGUUAAAGCCUUGACUCAUAGCCUUCGUUCCCACCCAAAGCGCAUCAACAUCAUCAGUCCUACACACGAUCGACUAUCUCUUGCCGUCCCAAAAGUAAAAGAGCACCACCAUCGAGUGGAACAACGACUUCUAUUGCAACGACUGGAAUAGGGACGGGAAGAGACGCCGGCGGUUACAUCCAACACCAACACUACUACUACUACUACUACCAGCACCAGCACCAUCGUCAUUUUUUCUUCUUCUUCUUAUUCUGCCGUGCAACCACGUUGAGUGUGGGCGACGCCCAAACUGGGAACAAACGGAAGCAGUGGAACACUCAUCUUCCCAAAGACAUCGGCCCUGGAGGCAAUGAUGAAAUUGUUCUGAGGCCGCUUCUUCUUCGUGGACUGACUGGCUUUGAUAGAGAAGAAGGCACUGUAAUAUUGAGGAAGAAGACAAGCCACAUAUCCUACACGAGAGUAUAGGGAAUAAGAGGGCCCCAAGAAAGACGAAGCGGAGGACGAAGCCAAAGAGAAGAACAAGAAGUGGUGGUGGAAGGAAGAGGAGAAGGAGGAGGAGGAGAGGGAAGAGAGAGAGCCGCGUAGAAUAGAAUAAGGGGAUCCCCCUCUCCGUUUCUGUUUGGAAUGGCACCGGGCGGCGGGUCGAAGAGAAAGAAGAAAUUAGUUCGAACCAAGAGGGUGUCCAAGACAGACACAACGAGUGAUGGUGAGCAACAACACACUUCCUUGAGUGAAGAACAAGGCGGCGAGAACCAUCACAAGCAGCAGGAGCACUUCAAACAGAAGCAGCUUCAUCAAGACGACCAACCAGAAGGUGAUGGGCAUCAACAACAACAACAUCACCACCACCACCAACAACAACAACAACUAGAUGUGAGUUCUCAUGGAAGCAAAGAUAAUGAUGAGACUCUUGGAGACGUAAGCAAUGCUGAGGCCGAGGUUCAUCAUGAUGCUGAGUGCGGUGAUGAUAAAAGUGAAUGUAGUGGAAGCUAUUAUGAAGACUUAGGGCAUUUGGUGCCCGAGGACGACCUCAAACUUUGUGCUAAGCAACCUCAUGGGACGAAUGCCAACUCCUAUCCAAGGGCCAAGCUCUUGAUCAGGAAAGAUACCGUGAUCCAAGCAGUUCCAAGAGCACGAGAAGACGAUUUCAGUGAGCUAGAGAGAAAUCAAACUUCAGAUAUCAGGUCGAGUGAUGGGUUCUCCUCCCCCAGACGUACCCCACCAGUUUGUCGUCAAGUUCUUAAUCUCACUCCAGCCCGGCCCAAUGGCUUGACCUGUCCCAGGGACGGUUCAGUAUCGCCCAAAUCAGUCCCUGCCAAUGCCCCGAUCCCUGGUCAACCAGUACCAAUAAUAGUGUCCUCAUGCCUUCAAGCAUUGCCUUGGAGGAAGGGGCUGACAACAGCUGAUCAGAUGGGGGAUCAGAAUCAGGCACAUCAACUCUCGAAUCCCAAAUGGCGACGGGCCGCGGUCAGAGCGGUCCAGAUUCAAGAGACGAAAAAGGGUGAAAACAAUGGCUCUGAGGCUGGUCCUCACCAUUGCAAUAACAUUCAGUCUUUGAGACACCCGGCGAGUAAAUUUCAAACCGGGAAUGGCGGAGUUGUGAACUCAGACCUGCCUCACGACAUUCCUCCUCCUCCUCCUGUCCCAGGUACCAUUCCUCAUGUCCCACCUCCACCGCCACCCCCAGAACCCUGGAACCAAAUUGGGGUACUGGGCCUGGAGUCCUAUCCACCUCUGUGUCAUGGAGGACAACACAACUCUGUGCUGGUGGACAUGGGAAAAGUGGUCGGGGUAUUGCGAUCCCAUGGACCACAUGUCAGACAACCUGCGCCAGAGCAAAGCUUUGAGGAGGUGGAAGAGGAAGGCGAUGACGAGGAGGCGGUAGAGCACAGAGAUUCACACAUUACCAAUGACCAUGGUAGCAGCAAUUCAAUGGGUGAUGGCACCUGCACCUCAUGCUCAGGCAUGACAAACAGCAACGAUGCCUUGGAUGACUCAUUAUGUGGAGAUCCACUAAUGUAUGCCACCUUCGUAGCUCCUGUGCAACAGUAUUCAACAGAUACCGAGCCAUCCCGACAGCCUUCAUUUAAUUAUCCCUCGCGUCACUCUUCUUUUAAACAAAAUAGUUCGGAAAACGAAAACACAAACCAUCAGAAUGAUUCGAACUAUGCUCCAUUUCCUAGAUUACCCCAAGUUCAUCCUCCACAUCCUUCGCACAGUCACAAUUAUUCAGACGAGGUGCAAGAUAUCUAUGAGAAGGUACCUGUGGAACAGUGGCCCCUUCCUCCUCUUCCAAAAAGAGGGUCUGGUGGGGAGACCCAUGACGAUUGUGUUGAAAUAUCUCAAGAGGAACUUGACCAUCAAGUAGCCCAAGAGAGGCUCUCAUUCAUCUCUGGCAGUAGCAAUAAUGAAGAGGAAGGGGACGAAGAUGAAGACGAGAACCAGGACGAAGAGGAAGGCGGAGAGCCGUCAUUCCCAGCCCUUCCUCCACUUCCACCCACCCCCAAAGAUCUUCCAUCCCAAUCGAGCCCAUUCACUUUUGCCCAAGAGGCCUCUUUGGAUCAAUGGGGAAGUGGAGAGGAUAGUGAGACCACUUUCAACACAGCAGGAACAGUGAGGCGUAAAAACAAACGUGAGCGAAACAGGACCACUGUUGUUGAGCAACAAAAUGAACCCUGCUGUCGACAUAACCGGAGCAAAUCUCGUAGCAAAUCCAGGUCCCCCGGCCGAACCAUUGACACGGCCAUCGUCAUAGUUCACCACCGUAGGACAGCUGCUCCAGGGACUGGCUCCCGGGGUUCUUCCUCUAGAGUAGGUGGAAGCCGUGGAACUUCUCCGGAUAACAUUUCAGAGUCCUCUGUAUCCUUCCACGAGAAUGAGUUGGGCAGUAGCAAAUCCGAAGCCGCAAGCCACCCUGCGGGUAAGCAGGCCUACGCAAAAAGUGCUCAAGUUCAAAAUGUGUCUUAUCCAUGCCCGCCGGUGGCAUUUCCGCGGCAGGGUGACCCUCGUCACCCAAACGAUGGAAAUGGGCCGUUCAUGGCCAUGUUUGCAAAUAGAGAUAGUGUCCGUGAGUCAUGGAUGUCCUCUGGCAGUGAAUACCAAGGCUCCGGAGCUUCCAGUGCAAGUGGGAAGCUACCAAUGCAAUCAGUGGGAACUCCUCGCAAUGUUCAUAACCCACCGACCAGUGCAGUUAAACCUUGUGAUUUGUACCAGCAAUACAACAGUGCACCCAUGAGACACGUGAUGCCCUUGUCCAGUCCAAUGGUCCCGCCCAUUGGAUGCCUUCCCGCUAGUAGUGCUGAGUGCAGUGUUCCAACCACCCCGUUCCACAAUACACGGUCAACGGCCCAAAUAGCUGCAAGGACCAGCGGAGGAUCCUUACCAAGAAAGCGGACCCCACCGACCAAUUUGGGGAACAGGUCCAUCUUGAGAUCAUCCUCCAGGGAAACUGGUUCCUCGUGGAGUGUUCAUAGGAGCACUUCCAGACUCAAUCGAGGUGGUGGGUCGACCAUGUCUUUACAAGCAAGACACUCCCAUUCCCAUUCUGGGACACCUGAAGAGGAACGUGCAUCACGGGAAUCCUCAUCAACUACGUCCGUGUCCGGAAUUUUGGGCACACCCCCAGCCCCACCGGCCGCUCCGCCCGCACCCUGCCUUUCAUCCUAUCAAUCAGCCUCGUUAAGGGUCGGAUAUCCCGACAGUGUUCUCAUGGAGGAAGAAAGUGAAAGUGCCCUUGUGAACAAUCUUCAGAUCCGCUACCGAAAGGACCAUAUCUACACCAACAUCGGUUCUACCCUCGUUUCCAUAAACCCUUUCAAGAAGAUCCAUUUGUACACUCCAGAUGUCAUUGAUGUCUAUCGAUGCCAUUGCCUCUUCGAGCUUCCACCUCAUAUAUAUGCUGUGACGGAUCGCGCGUGGCGUCAACUCCGCGACAUCAACUGUGAUCAAUGCAUCGUGAUUUCGGGCAAUUCGGGAGCCGGGAAAACUGAGGUGGCCAAAUUGACCCUCCAUUAUUUGGCAGCUGUCACCUCUCAUGAGGCGGAAUGUCAUUCGUUGAAAUAUCAAAUCCUUCAAUCCAAUCCCGUCUUGGAAGCUUUUGGGAAUGCCAAAACCAAGCUCAAUGACAACUCAUCUCGAUUCGGAAAGUACACGGAAAUCUCGUUUGACUUCAAGGGUGAUCCCAUGGGAGGUCUCGUCACAACUUAUUUGCUCGAAAAGUCUCGAGUGGUGGGAUCAUCGCCGAGUGAAGGGAGAAAUUUCCAUAUCUUGUACCAAACUCUUUUGGGGGCAGAUGUGCCGCUUUUAAAGGAGCUUCGCUUACAUCGGAACUUGGACAGUUACCGUAUUCUACAUCUGAAUUCAGGUCCAAGAGCGAUAACCGAACCUGCCAGUGGAGGAAAUAUUUCCGUGAUCGAUGACAGAAAAGAUUUCCUCAUCACCAAACGAGCCAUGGAAGAUGUCGGUAUGACCCCUGAAGAGAUCGUAUUGGUCCUGAGGGUCGUGGCGAGCAUUCUGAAACUGGGCAACCUUCACUUUGUUCCCACCACCAAUAUGGAUGGAACAGAGGGCUGCGGCAUCAGCAACGAUUACGAGCUCUACGAGACUUGCGAGGUACUCCAGGGCGAUUACGGAACCAUUCAUAGUGCCUUGGUGACCCGCUCCAUUGAGUCACGCAAUGAGUACCUCAUAACUGAUCUGAGUGCCAAAGAAGCGGGCUUUGCCCGCGAUUCCCUUUGCCGAGCCUUGUAUGGUCGUUUAUUCACAUGGAUUGUGAACCGCGUCAACGAGACGAUCCGUGUGAAAACCCCUCGAAAGCAUCGCACGAUGGGCGUCUUAGACCUCUACGGUUUCGAAUCGCUCGAACACAACGGAUUCGAGCAACUUGUGAUAAACUUUGUGAACGAACGGCUCCACCAAAUGAUCCUGGACCUCACUCUGCGGGCUGAACAGGAAGAGUACAGGGAAGAAGGCAUCGAGUGGAGAAAUGUGGGGUUCCAAGAUAAUUCUGUGAUAUGUCAGCUCAUCGCUCAAAGCCACUCCGGUCUCAUAUCCCUUCUGGACGAGGUGACCUUGAAGCGAACCGCCAAUCUAGCCGCUUUGGACCUGAGCAUUUCGACGGACGGAGAUUCCCCCACGCCCAAAGAAGUGUUCAUGGACAGACUCCAACAAAGCGAUCUCGUGAGGAAGUUUCCCAUCAUUCAGAUCCCCGAUGAGGACAGCAACGUUGACUUCACGAUUAAUCACUUUGCCGGCACAGUGGCCUACUCGGCGGAGGACUUUGUGAGCCGAAAUCAAGAUGGUUUGGACCGAGAUCUGUCGCAUGCCAUGUUUACGUGUGAUCAUCCGAUUUUGAAAGUAUUAUUUCCCGAAGGCAAUCCUCGACGCACAACCCGUCGGCGGCCAGCUACUGCGGGGACUCAAUUCAAAAUCUCCAUUGGAGCCUUGGUGAAUAAUUUGGGCGGGAAGAGUCCACAUUUUGUGAGAUGCAUCAAACCCAAUGAGCGGAAGCAGCCGAGGAAUUUUGACGACGAACUUGUCAAGGAGCAAGUGAGGAAUCACGGCCUUCUGGCCACCGUUCAACUCCGAAAGCAAGGUUUCGCAUUCCGAUUGGAAUACAGCCAAUUCCUGGCCCGCUACAAGAUGCUAUCGCAGCACACUUGGCCCCACUGGAGAGGUCCAAGUGUGGAAGGGGUCACAUAUCUUCUCAGAGAGCUACCAAUUAGUGCCAAUGAAUACGCCUUUGGCAGAACCAAAAUUUUCAUUCGAACACAUAAGACGGCCGAGUUGUUGGAAGAGUAUCGUCGGGAAAAGAUCGAUGAUUUGGCCACCAUGAUCCAGAAGACCUACCGAGGGUAUAUUCACAGAAAGAAAUGGGAUCGUUUGAAGAAUUCCCAAGUGAUUAUCUCGACGUACUGGAAACGCUGGAAGGAUCAUGCAAACAUCGUGGAACUCAAACAACGUCGGAAGGAGGAAUGGGCCGCUCUUGUCUUACAGCACUUCCUGAGAUCCAUUCUGCGCCAGAAGUUCCUUCUCCGACUUUCUCAAUGUCUGCCUUCGGAAUCUCCUCUCUCCAAAGAUUGGCCCUCCGGCCCCAGAUACACGAGGGAGACGAACAUCUUGCUACGAAGACUCUUCCACAAAUGGAGGUGCCAUCGAUAUCGGUUUCGGUACGACCAAGUGGCGCGGAACCGAAUGCGAGAGAAAGUCACUGCCAGCAUCAUUUUCAAGGACCGGAAAGCAUCCUAUCCCAGGAGUGUUCCCCAGCCUUUUUUGGGCGAUUACAUAAAUUUAAGACGCAACCCAGCCUACCGAGAAACGCUCAAGAACAAUCAUUUGAGCAAACGUGACAAGCAUCUUGUUUAUGCCGACAUGGUGAACAAAAUGAACAGAUCCAACGGAAAGUUUGUGCCCAUUCUCUUCGUCAUAUCAACUUCUUCGAUGUUGAUUAUGGAUCAGCGGACAAUGCAAAUCAAGUAUCGGAUCCCGGCUGCCGAAAUAUUCAAGCUCUCUCUCAGUCCUUAUUUUGACGACAUCGUUGUCUUUCAUGUCAGAGCAUCGAGUCCGACCCGGGAGUUGAAGUCGCAGGCCAAUAUUCCGGGUUGUCUGUCCAGUGAGAACAUCAAACGGAAAGGUGAUUUCGUCCUCCAGACUGGUCAUGUGAUUGAGAUUGUCACGAAAAUGUUCCUGGUUGUCCAAAAUGCCACUGGCAAGCCUCCAAAUGUUAAUGUGGCCACGGAGAUUGAGGCCAAUUUUGGAAACGAUCCAGUGCCCUUCACUUUCAAGAGGACCUCGGGUGGAACUUCUCAGCCUAAUCCGGGUCACGUGAAACUCGUCAAACGUGGAAACAAAUUCGAGAUCGUUGUGUGAAUGCAUCUUGCGGCCAAAAGCGGUGUUACCCAGAGCAACAAAGCAAAGGCAAAGCUAAUUAACCAGCUCCUAAUUGUGAGAAGAAAUGGAAGUUUUCCCAAGAUAGUCAGUCCCCCUCCUCCCCUCUCCCAUCCCAAUUAGCGAUCAAAUAUGCAUGCACACGUUUUUUUGGUCUCCCUAUGGGCCUGAUUCUCUCCCAGAAGAGUGUGCUUGAACUUGCAUUGCGCAAAUUUGCACGCCAACAACAAAAUACUAGUCUUUCCACUCCUCAAAGAAACUCCCGGAUGAUUGCAAUUCUAAGAGCCGUUUUUCUACAAAGUCAAUAUUUUAUAUUUGCAUCAAGCAAUCACGUCAAUAAACGCUCGGCCUAUUUGAAA